CACGUGAUAAACUCUGACCUGUGACGCAAUAUCCAAGAUGGCGGCGGACGAUGAUGAGGAUUUUGUUUAUUUUGGCUCCGCGUUAGAUCCACUGGAGGAUGAUGAGUCCACUAAGAACCCAGUUCCACUGCACGAGCAGACAGUCAGAGAUGAGAAGGGGAGAUACAAACGCUUUCAUGGGGCAUUCACUGGGGGAUUCUCUGCUGGGUAUUUCAACUCAGUGGGCUCAAAAGAAGGAUGGACGCCUUCGACAUUUGUAUCCUCACGGCAGCAAAAGGCAGAUAAGCAAGUCUUCAAUCCCGAGCACUUCAUGGAUGAAGAGGAUCUCAAGGAGCAUGGAAUUGCGCCAAAAGGAAUAACAACUACAGAUGAGUUUGCCUCAAAGGCUAAAGACAAGAUCUGGGAGAAGUCUCGAGCUUUGGCGAGUCUGGUAGCUCCCAUUCCUGGGGCCAGCAUCUUGGAUGACCUGAUUGCUCCAGCAAAGAUAACAAUUGGUGUGCAAUUACUCCGGAAAAUGGGAUGGAAGGAAGGCCAGGGCCUUGGACCACGUGUGAAGAGGAAACUUCGCAGGCAACAGCCUGAGACAGGUGUGAAAGUGUAUGGGUGUUCCUUGCCUGAUGAAGGUUCAGAUGGAUCGCAGGAGGAAGAGGAUGAGUACCAGCCUGAAAAUGUCACCUUUGCACCAAAGGAUGUGGUGGUGGUGGACUUCACAUCAAAGGAUGAUCGCCAUGGGCUUGGUUACAGUGGAAUCGAUCCCCGCAGGGCGUUGUUUGGGGCAUCUAGACAGGACUCCAGUAACAUCUUCAACACCGACUCGGACAGGACCAGCAGUCUGCUUGGCGAUAUUCAACCCAGCAUGGGCAGAAAGCUGGGCAUCAGCGGGCAGGCAUUCGGUGUGGGGGCCCUGGAGCAGGAGGAUGAUGAUAUCUAUGCCAGGGAUACACUGUCCCAGUAUGACACUGUACUGAGAGAGGAGGAACCAGAGGAUGCCCUGUAUGGGUGGACUGCACCACAGCAAUACAAGAACGCCAAAGGUUCGAUUCCUCAGGCCGGAUCUGUUGGGAAAAUGUUGGCGGGCUUCUGCUUGGCUUCCAAGUCAGCUCAACCCAAGAAGGUGUAUGGCCCCCCUGACCUGCCGAGGGACUACAGGCCUGUUCAUUACUUCCGACCAGUCGUGGUGCCCGGUACUGUCAGCACCAUCGUGGCACAGGCACUUGAGGCAUCGACUGGCCAGCAUGGCACUGAGACAGGACCGAGAGGACGGCACCAGCUGAAUGCAACACAGAGACGGCAACUGCUUGGAGAAACUGCUCUUCAAGGUCCUGGCUCAGUGUUUGAACUGCUCACAGUGAAAGACAAGGAGAGACUGCAGCAGGAGGCAAUUUCCAGGAGGCUGCCUGUCCAGAGCCAGGCACCAUCCUCUGGGAAACCCAGCGAUUCCCAGCUUCCUGCACUUGGAGCAAGGCUGACAAGUUCGACUGAAUUUAAACCCUUUCUAAAGAAUCCAGAGAAGCAGAAGAGAUAUGAGGAAUAUGUGGAGAAGCUCAACUCAGGCCAAAGCAGUGCCCUGGCCAGCUGCUUGGACCCCAACAUGACCGAGUGGGAGCGAGAGCGGGAGCAGGAUGAGUUCAGUCGAGCAGCAAUGCUGUAUCGUUCCACCAGUGCCUCCCUGUCAUCCCGUUUCACUCGGGCCACGGUUUCAGACGACACGGACAAAGUGGAAGUGCUUGAACAACAGGAGAGUGACGUCAAUGACCAAGAGGCUGCAGUCAAAAUGAAGAUGUUUGGUCGUCUCACCAGGGACAAGUUUGAAUGGCAUCCCGAGAAACUUCUCUGCAAACGAUUCAAUGUCCCUGAUCCUUACCCUGGGUCCACAAAGUCUGGGCUGCUCAAGGUCAAGAGGGAUAAAUAUUCGGUGUUCAACUUUUUAAAUGUCCACACGGCUCCUGAACCCCGAAAAAUGGAAUCUAAAACGGAAACUAUAAAACAUACUAGAGCUCUGAAACCUCCUGAAUCCAGGAGACCAUCUCGGUGGGACGUGUCGGCAGAGGAUAAGGGGAAAGGUCUGAUUGAUCAUACUUCCGGACUGGUUGGAUCGGAUUCGGCAGGCGAAACAAGUUUAACUCGGCACACGGAGAAAGAAGUCCAACAAGGCCCAGAAACUGAAACUGCAGAGCUGGAAGAUGCUGAGGGGGAAGGAAAGCGGCCAUCCAUGGACUUGUUUAAAGCUAUCUUCACCAGCUCAUCUGAGGAGAAGUCGUCUUCUUCCUCCUCUGAAGAGGAUGAAGGUGAGGACACCAGUGAAGUGGACCCUGCUGCUGGGGGACAUGUUUCAGUCCAGUCUGGACCUCCUGACCCUCCAGCAGACCUUCAGCCAGUGAAGGAACUUGAUGGAAGACCACAGCCUGUGCAGUGCAGCCCAGAGUAUCUGAAGGGCGGGGAAGAGUUCGGGCCCCAGCUCCCUCCAGCUCUCCGCUUUGGUAACACCAAACUGCCACCUGAUGACACUGUGGUUUCCCCGGUAACAAGAUGCAAAUGGCUAGAGGGAGGCAGCAGCGGGACAGCUCAGCCGAAAGGGAAACCGAGAAAGAAGCACAAAGACAGGAAGGAAAGGAAAGCGAGAAAGGAGAAGAAAAAGAAACACAAAAAACACAAACACAAACACGAACACAAAUCCAAGCUGAGGGGCAGGAAGCUGAAGAAUAACGACAGCAGCUCAGGGGACUCUGAAUCUGAACAGAGUGACGGUGUGAGUGACCACACAAACCCCCAGUCUGAUGCAAAUCUGCUCAUGCGAUUGAAAACGCUUCCAUUGGUGAGACGGUGAGAAAGAGAAGCUGGUUAACCAGUCCCUCCUGCAUCCACCAUCACAGCACACUAGAUCCAAUCCUGUGAUUGGCUGAAACCUUCUCUUAUAAUUUGUCGGGAACUGCCCAACAAUAGGGAGGGAACCAGACCAGGAGCACUGACCCUGGGCAGCUUGGUUCAGUCCCUGUGACCCUGGGCAGCUUGGUUCAGUCCCUGUGACCCCCUGGGCAGCUUGGCUCAGUCCCUGUGACCCCCUGGGCAGCUUGGUUCAGUCCCUGGGCAGCUUGGUUCAGUCCCUGUGACCCCCUGGGCAGCUUGGUUCAGUCCCUGUGACCCCCUGGGCAGCUUGGUUCAGUCCCUGUGACCAUCUACAGUUUUUAUCAUUUCAUUUUUAACCAACUGUCAGGAUGUCAUACAUUUUGUCCGAGCACCCUGGACAGCUAUGGCUUUCUGUCUUAAUACAUCGUCCAGUCAAAGAUACUGCACUUGUAUUAGCUUUGUGCUGCAAUGAUGCCAAUGUGGAAGUCACGGGGUUAAUGCUAGAUUGCUGGCCUCUCUAUGCUAAAUAUUUAACCAGCCCAGAGGAACUGGAGAACAAACCUCACCAUUGUCUUUUACUCAUUCCCCCAGACUGUUUAUUGUGAACCUCUGUGAAUAGCCUGCAGAUCAUUCUGUGCUCGCUCACUGAGGCUGCUGGAUCUGUUGUGGUAUCUUCUAUUUGUCAGAAUUAAUUCUGGGUGAAUAUUGUGAUUGCACUCUGAAGUGUCAGAGGUACCCAGAGACCCAGGCCAGUCCAAGGCAGGGGUUAGUGGAGGGCACAGGGCGGUGCUGCAGUUUAUGGAGGGUGUGUGGCUUGUCUCUGCUAAACUAUCGAUUCCGCACUGUCAAGGAACAAAGUGACGGUGCUGAGUCAUUCCUCUGGCUCCCAACUCCUCCCAACAUGGAUACAGAAGGAGAAAUUCUCCAGGGAAUGAAUUCAGAGCAACUGUGGCAGAACAGAAGCAGUCUCUACUUGUGUGGCCUGUGAGGUUGUGGGAUCCUCUGUGUAAAUUGAUGAUGGUGUUUUCCACCAUACAACAUUAACUACACUUCAAAAGUACAUCACUGGUUGAAAAGCACUUGAGGAUAUUGAGAUUAUGAAAGGUGCUAUUGAAAUGAAACUUUCCAGAAUGCUCAUCAAAGAAAUGAGGCUGCAACAGAGGAGGUUUAAAUGAGUUGAGGAUAAUAUAACUUGAGAUAGAGUUCCGAACUGAACAAAAGAACUGGAUUUCCUUUUGAAAUGAGGUUCCAUUUUGGCUGGACAUAAACAAUCUGUCAUUGUUGCAAAUGAAUGUUUUGCUGUCAAAGUCUCUCAGGCACAGUUAAUCUAAUGUACAAUGAAUCAAGCUGUGACUGAGUUUGGAU